CUCCCCCCACACCUAUCUCCUUCCUCAGUAAUAUUUUUAGAGUAAAAGCAAAGAAAACCCACCAAACCAAUCAUCAAAUAAUACUCUUUCUUCACUCUCCUAUCUCAUUCUACCUCCCUCCCUCCCUGCCUCCACCAUGGACACCCAAAUCAAAGACGUCGACGUCGACGACUACGCCUCCACCGUGGACACCUCCCGUCCUUUCAGCUCUGUCAAGGAAGCCAUAGCCAUCUUCGGCGAGCGCCUUCUUACCGGAGAAAUGUAUUCUCCAAAGCCGCCCCAUACUCGCCCUGUUGCCAUUAAGUCAUCAUCUUCACCGCGCCCCGUUACCAUUAGGUCAUCAUCAUCUUCACCGAGCGUCAAGAUUAAUAAUAUUAAUGAAGAUUGGGUUUUGGAUACUUUGCAGAAAAUUGAGGCGGAGCUGAAGGAGACAAAGGUGGAGCUGAAGUUGCUGAAGGAGAGAGAGUCCGAGACCGAGAUCGCAUUGGCUUCGUUGAAUGCCGAGCUUCAUAAGAACAGGUCGAAGAUGGCGGAGGCUGAGGCGGCUGCAGCGGCUAAGAGUGCAGCGGCGAGGGAGAAUAAUCCAACUUUGGCUCAAAUAUUAAGCGUUGGUCAUCAGCAAGAGAAUUAUGGUCGCUUUGGAAGUCAAAGAGAGAGGAAGGUUAUGGUGAAGAAGAAGCCAAUAAUUCCUCUGGUGGGAGACUUGUUUUCCAGGAAAAAGGGUUCAUCUAAUGCUAGUACUUCUCUUCAUAGCUCUCUCUUUGCUUCUUCUGAGUUGUAUUUCAGUUGAUAAAUUAGCUAAACUGCUCCAAUUAUGUGUGGAAUAUUAAAAAAAAAGGUAAAAAAAUACAUUCCAAUUAUGUUUGCAUCUAUUUCUCUUAAAAGUAAUGAAAGUUAAAUCAA